GUUAAUCGACAAAAGUUUAACUUGAUACAACUUCACAGUUAUACAAAGUUGGCGUUCACUUCCCUCACGUUUGAGGGAAAUCCCUCAUCGUUGUUGUUAUCGUCGUCAUCGCGGCUCUUAUCCGCGUGUUUUUUUAGUUUUAUUUCUCGUUGGUGGCUCGUGGUUGUUGUAUUGGGGGGUGAGAGACUUCAGUUGACAUGCCGAGGCUACUCAGAAUCAAGAAAUUUGAUUAUACUCAGCCUGAGGACUUUGAAGACGACGACGGCGACUUCUCAUCGGCCUCUCUUCCGCCAAGCAAAAUGUCUCAAGCGGUGACCAAUUCUGACGAUGAAAAUGGCGACAAGGCAAAGCCUGCAAAGAAGGCCUUGAGCGGAACCAAGAAGUCCUGUCAAGUCACGGCCUUGAACACAGCAGCAGGAACAGCAAGAGACGGAAGACCGUCCCUGGACGACGAGCGUCUCUUUGAGAGGGAGCUCAAGGAGGUCCUUGCCCUCGCUGGUGAUCAGACGGAAGUGGCGGCGUCUUCGCGGGAGAGUUCACAGGAAGCCGUGGGCAGUGCCACCGUCAACACGGACGACCCACCCGACAACGAGACGGGCGAGUCCUCGGAGUCCGCUGGGAAGUCCGACAGCGAUGACAGCGACCACAAGAAACCCUCCUGGAAGUUUAAGGUGCCCAGGGUCACCGCCGCCGCCGACAGGAGAGGGAGCAAAGCCGCCGUGGCCAGGGGCAGCAGAACAACAGGCGCGGCGCGUGGAGCCGGGGCGGAUGUCGGGCCAGAUCCUGCCCCUCGGCAAUCAGCGAAGCGCCUCCCCCCGCCCGCGUUCAACAAAGCCGGCGUCGCGGAUCGUGCCACCGCAUCGCCUCUACCCAAGUGGGUUCCUCCAGGUCCGGCCUUGCAUCUUGGCCUCUCGAAACGAGCCAAGCUGACGCCUCUCCACCCUGACUCAACAUGAAAUCACCACGGAUCACCACAGAUCACCACGGACCACCACAGCCCGCCACAGAUCACCACAGAUCGCCACAGAUCACCACAGAUCACCAUGGACCACCACAGCCCGCCACAGCCACCAGCCACUGACUCUUUCAACAUGCCAUGACAUGUCCCAGUCAGCCACUAAGCCAUUCCACUUGCCACGGUCUGCGAGUGAUACAUUCCAAACUCUGAGCACUACCACGGUUUGCCACUGAACCAUGGCCUUGUCUGGGACAAGCACUUACCCAUUCAACCGCCAAGGGCUACUACCACUGACAGCCCAAGUGCAACUCAACUUGCCAUUACUCAACGUAUACAAGACCCGCCAUGCCUCAAUAGGUGCGGUCUGCUGUAAGCCGACCUGACUUGCCACCGUAGAGAUUGCCGCAGCCCGCUGUGAGGUGACUGCUCGCUGCCUGCAGCCACGGCCUAAAGCAUGGCUGCUAGACUGACUUGAACCACCGCCGAAGACAACCUCAGCUGCCGUGGCUGAAAUCUGAGGCACAGUUUAACAGUGAAAGCCCUUUAUUCCAAUUCAAUAGCACGUUUUUUGUUAGCACAUGUGUAGUAAGUAUAUAUGGAGGCUUGACGACAGGAUCGGAGGCACACUUAUUUAUUACACCAACACAGUUAUUACAGGUCACUUGGCUACAGGGAUUCUCGACAGCUAACCCCUCUAACCUAUACCAAUUCCUCCACUACGGGACUAGGGGAGGCUAUCUGUCCCAGCUUGGUUAAGCUGGGAUCCCGGCUCCCUGAGUCACCAGACCAGCUUCGUCUGGGCUCUCGGGGCCACGCCACCGGCUUGCCCUGGUCGGCCCUUAUAAGGACAGCGAGCCAGGGGAGCUCUGGGGCCUACACUAGCUGGUCUUCCGUCUUCUCUGGUUAAAGCUGAGUCCCGACCUCGAGCCCUCGAGCUCAUCACCUUUUAUAGGACUCGCCCCCGAGGGGGGGCCCGUGGGGGAUACACAUGCGGACGUCGGUGCUAGCGCCACCCUUGUGUACGGCCGUAACCCCGCCCCUUGUGUUUGUUGGCCAUCCGUGGCCAUGCAUAAUCACACCUCAACAUUCGUAGCCAUGCGCAAUUACACCUCUACACAUGGAUGAAAAUCAUCUGAAUAACUUAGUUUUAAUGCUUUUCGUUAGAGUCUGUAGAGCAGUUUCGUUCUGCAUUUAGUUUAUUGUUAUAUAGCACGAGUGUUUGGUGUAAACUUUAACGCAAGACUGGUUAUAAUUCUGUAUGACUUCACGAGAUAUUGGCCGGACUAGAAAUGUUUUCAUCCUGGCCUCACUGCACAACUCUCAACCCAUUGUCCUGAAAUUUAAAGACGUGGCCCAAAAUUCAAACGGCUGUUAUCUUUCGAUUAAAAGCUUUCGUGACUGCAGGGAUUCAUCUUCUUGGUUCUUUCGGUAAAGUCACGUAGAAUGGAAAUAA